GAUCAGAUAGCAGAGAGAGAGAGAGAGAGGGAGAGAGGGAGAGGGAGAGACCAAUUAAAACAUUGGAGAUAGAGAUGGAACUGCCUCCAACACACAACAAGUAGACAACCCUGCACAACUCCAAGCAGGAUCUAAAAUAGGCAAGGAUAUCAUGUGUUUUUUUUACUGGGAAAUUGUUACUUAGCCACCUCUUCCAAGUCUGGCAGUGGUAGUGGUGUGUGCAAUUCUUUUUAGUUUUUUUCGGGGGGAGGGGAGAAAAGAAUUGAGCUAUAGUUGAAGAUUGCUCUUGCUUCACUAAUAUUGCUACCGGGGGGAGCCCUAGAAGACACUGCAAGUGGACUGAUGGAGAUGAACAAGUUCAGGUUUUUUUUAUGCUUCUGUUUGAAAUGGAUGGAUUGGUUUUAUCCAUAGGUGUUUAAAACAAAAACAAUUAUAAAGCCAAACAUAAAAUGGGAAGCUUCUGUUAGAGAAGAGGGAAUAUGAAGUAACUGAAAGGUACGUGCUCCCUCCCGGAUCAGACCCAGGCAAGCAUCCCCGCAGGGUAACACUGGAUUUAUAUAUGACAACUGAAAGAGCUGAAAAACCUGGACUUCAUGGUGAAUGUUUUGUGGACAUUAAGUAGGGACACAGGACUACGACAUACCAAGGGCCACGAUUCUUGCACUAAACAGAGAUGAGUGUUGGCAGAAUAAACCUUUACAGCAUUGUUUCCUCAGAAGAAGACGGCCUAAGGCUGACCACCAUGCGUGGAGUAAACGGUUUCGGAAACGGCAAAAUCCACACCCGGAGGAAGUGCAGGAACAGAUUUGUGAAGAAAAAUGGACAGUGCAACGUCCAGUUCACCAACAUGGAUGACAAGUCUCAAAGAUACAUGGCUGAUAUGUUCACAACAUGUGUGGAUAUCCGCUGGCGGUACAUGCUGUUGAUCUUCUCCCUUGCCUUUUUGAUAUCAUGGCUGGCAUUUGGAUUAGCUUUUUGGCUGAUCGCCCUCAUCCACGGAGAUCUAGACAACCCUGCGGGUGAUGACAACUUCAAGCCUUGUGUUUUGCAAGUCAACGGCUUCAUAGCUGCUUUUCUUUUCUCCAUUGAAACUCAGACCACUAUUGGAUAUGGGUUUCGCUGCGUCACUGAGGAAUGUCCUGUCGCCGUUUUUAUGGUGGCCUUUCAAUCCAUUGUUGGGUGUAUUAUUGACUCUUUCAUGAUUGGUGCAAUCAUGGCAAAGAUGGCACGGCCGAAGAAGAGAGCGCAAACCUUACUUUUCAGCCAUAAUGCUGUAAUAGCGAUGAGGGAUGGGAAGCUUUGUCUCAUGUGGCGAGUCGGGAACCUUAGGAGGAGUCACAUUGUUGAGGCCCAUGUCAGGGCUCAGUUGAUUAAGCCACGCAUCACAGAGGAAGGAGAAUACAUACCCCUUGACCAAAUAGACAUAAAUGUUGGGUUUGAUAAAGGUUUAGACCGUAUCUUCUUGGUUUCUCCAAUAACAAUUAUUCACGAAAUCGAUGAUGAGAGUCCUUUAUAUGGCAUAAGCAAACAAGACUUAGAAACAGCGGAUUUUGAAAUUGUGGUCAUACUUGAAGGGAUGGUGGAAGCCACUGCUAUGACAACCCAAGCCCGUAGCUCAUACCUGGCAAGUGAGAUUCUGUGGGGCCACAGGUUUGAACCUGUUCUCUUUGAGGAGAAAAACCAAUACAAAGUAGACUAUUUCCACUUCCACAAAACCUACGAGGUGCCCUCAACUCCACGCUGUAGUGCCAAGGACAUAAUUGAGAAUAAAUACCUGGUUCCUAGUACCAACUCUUUCUGUUAUGAAAAUGAACUUGCUUUUAUGAGCAGGGAUGAGGAAGAUGACGAGGACAGCCGAGUGCUGGAUGACUUGAGUCCAGACAGCAGGCAUGAAUUUGAUAGACAAGCCACCAUAGCACUGGAUCAGAAGUCAUACAGGCGGGAAUCAGAGAUAUGACCCCCUAACCAUUGAUCUUGCAUCAGCUUUUUUUCUUUUGUUUUUGUUUGUUUCAAUGAAUACGUGCAGAACAAUGCAAGUGCCAUAGGACAACUUAACUACUGUAAUAACAUUGAGAGGUCAAGCGAUAAAAUCAGUGUCAAGAUUCUUGUGAAUCUAGAAGGGUAAGCAGAACUGCUGAAGCAAAAUACAAUUAACAAAUGCUGUGGUAAGAAAAACAAACAAUAAAUAUGGCUUCCUGGAAGUAUAGUCAAGAAUGUCCAAGACUAAGACGUUAGGUGACAUAAAAUGACCUUGUUUCUUAAUGAAAACUUGAAUUUUAUUUUUGUAAGAUGGCUCAACCUGAAAGCUUUAAAUGAAGUAAUACAAAGAAAUGUAAUAUAGAAAUGAAAGAGAUUAUUUAGUACUGAUCUGUAAAUAGGUUGCUUAGGUAAGUUAUGAUGUAACUUUUGAUCCCCACCAAUUGGUAUUAUUAUUAGUUUAUUCAGCAGACGCCUUUAUCCAAGGCGACUAAUAGAGACUAGGGUGUGUGAACUAUGCAUCAGCUGCAGAGUCACUUACAAGUACGUCUCACCUGAAAGACGGAGCACAAGGAGGUUAAGUAACUUGCUCAGGUUCACACAAUGAGUCAGUGGCUGAGGUGGGAUUUGAACCGGGGACCUCCUAGUUACAAGCCCUUUUCUUUAACCACUGGACCACACAGCCUCCUAUGCCUCCUAACAAUUGGUAUUGCAAGGUUUUUUGCCUGCUUUUUUAGGCUCCUAGGGCACCAGCAUGAAGGUGUCACAAUUAACAGAUAAUAAUGUGGUUAUCCCUAUUGAAAACUUGGGCAUAUACACAAAGGAGCUAUAGAUUUGUGGUGCAUGCAAAUUUCCUUGGACUCGCACUCAACAAUGCACAACAAAUGAGCCACACACUCUGAGUGACUACAAUGUCGGCAAGCACAAUUUACUGCAGAAUAUGUCAAAUUACUGGUGCAAAGGGCUUGACAAAACAGACGUGGCAAACAGGCUCAACCCUUUGAGUACUACAUUUAUUUUGCACCUCUAAAAUGACAUGGAAGCUGGUGAAUAUUAAGGACAUUUUAUUUAAAUAAAGACAACAUCCUAGUAAAGGAAAGCAAUAUUGCCAUGAAUAGAUCAAUCAUUUUAACUAGUACAUCUAAAUAACAUAAUUCCAAAAAAUCCCUAGAGAGCUGCUAUAUUUGGCUUAUACAUGUUGGAAUAAAUAUUUGUGUAUGUUAUUACAAUUCAGGAAAAGGGACAGCCACCAUCACAUGACAUUCAUAAUUAACAAUUAUAAUGCAAUCAAAGUUCACGAUUGCAGCCACCAAGUAAAUGCUCUAAAUAAAUGGAAAGAGGGGUGAGUCUUUAUAUCGAGCUAGUAACAAACACAGCUGCUUAUUUUUUGCGUGUUUCCAAUUGCCUCCUCAUAUGUUGCAAUGACCACUUGGUCUAACUGGAAUUUGUAAAACAAAAAAUUGUGUCCAAAUUGUCCUCAAAUACCUGGCAAUAGCCACAAGAUCAAGCAAGAUUUCAUUCCAAUGUUUUCAUCAAACACACUCCGAAUUUUAAAUUCAAGAUGGGGCUAGGGUUGAGCUGAACUGCAGGUUGUCUUCAAGUAAGUAGCUUCAAAUGUAAUUUUAAUUGCUUUUUUUUUUUUUUUUACGUUUCCUUUACUAUGUUUUUUAUGGUUGCUUCAAUAUUGUGUUCUUAUUUUUUUUCACUAAAUAUGCAUUUACAAGGGUGCAGCAGGGCAGGAGUCCUGCACAUGAGAGGAGUUUUUGUGUGUAAAUAUUGUAAAUAGUGUGUAUUGUAAUUGUUGUAAUUAAGUAUGAAGUCCUGACACACCUGGGAGAGGCUGCCUGCUGUGUGUGAUUGACAG